AUGUGCUCAUUCUGCGUAAUACUACCAUGCAUGAAAGCAGGCAAUGAUUCAGAUGAUCAUAGCACCAUUGCGGUGUUCGAUCCUGUCCUUCAGGAGCGGGAGAAGCAAGCCGAGGUAGCUGCCCUCAAGGCCUAUCAGCCCGACCCCGAAUCAGUUACGGACGAGCUAGUUAAAGAUGUCGAAAUAAGUUUAGAGGGCACCAAUACUACAAGGAGGAAUCUAGGGAAAAAGAACAAAGGCGCAUGCACGGCCACAAACCCUAUUGACCGGUGCUGGAGAUGCAAUCCCCAAUGGGCCAAUGACCGGAGGCAGCUCGCCAAUUGCGUGCUAGGGUUCGGCCGCCGGACGCGGGGAGGAAAACGCGGUCCCAUCUACGUCGUCCAUGAUUCAUCCGACAACGACAUGGCCAAUCCCAAACCAGGAACUCUCCGGCACGCUGUGAUCCAAGACGGCCCACUCUGGAUCAUCUUCAAACAUAGCAUGACCAUCAAGUUGAACAAGGAGCUACUUGUGACGAGCCACAAGACCAUUGACGGGCGUGGCGCCAAUGUUCACAUCGCUCACGGUGCAGGAAUCACCCUGCAGUUCAUACAGAAUGUGAUCAUCCACGGAAUUCACAUCCACGACAUUGUGACUGUCGGAGGUGGGCUGAUCAGAGACUCAAUUGACCACAUCGGACUCAGGACGCAAAGUGAUGGAGAUGGUAUAUCCGUCUUUGGAUCCUCACACAUCUGGCUCGACCAUCUCUCCAUGUGGAACUGCUACGAUGGGCUUAUCGACGUCAUCCAAGGCUCCACCGCCAUCACCGUCUCAAACUGCCACAUGACUAAACAUAACGACGUGAUGCUGUUCGGAGCAAGCGAUGCAUAUGACCGCGACCAGAUCAUGCAAGUCACGGUGGCGUUCAACCACUUCGGGAAGGGAUUGAUCCAGAGAAUGCCGAGGUGCAGACACGGCUACUUCCACGUUGUAAACAACGACUACACCCACUGGCUGAAGUACGCCAUCGGAGGCAGCUCGCACCCGACCAUCAUCAGCCAGGGCAACCGCUACAUCGCCCCACCGGACCCAAAAUUAAAGGAAAUCACAUACAGAAUUUACACAACGGAGGCCGAGUGGGCAACAUGGCAAUGGAGGUCGGAAGGCGACCUCAUGGAGAACGGAGCCUACUUCCGGGAAUCCGGAGAGCCGAGGAAGGACAGAGGACCGUACAGUAGGCUCGACGUGAUCAACGCAAGGCCAGGUUCAUUCGUGAGGAGGCUCACACGCUUUUCUGGUACUCUCGGAUGCAGGGCUGGUAAGCCAUGCUAA